UGUUUACCUGUGGUAAAGCAACUACUUAAGCAAUUGUGGAUAACUCGGUCAUAAUUUUUGCUUUCAGUAGCAGAGCACGGUGUAAUUUGACGUGGUUUGAGAGGUUUUCUGAAGACACAAGAACAACUUUUAUAUCAAGGUCAAACUCUUAGGAAAGCUUCUUCUGCGGCACUUGUUUUUGUCUCAGCUUGUUGAAAAUGGCGGGUGUAAGCAGCUGCAUUAAGUACUCUAUGUUUGUCUUCAACUUCUUAUUUUGGGUGUGUGGUUCCAUUAUUCUGGGAGUCUCUAUAUGGAUACGUGUUAGCGGUGCUCAGCAGGGGAUGGACAGCAGCAUGCUUGCAGGAGUUAAUCUACUAAUAGCCGUGGGCUCCAUCAUUAUGGUCCUUGGGUUCCUGGGAUGUUGCGGUGCUGUAAGGGAGAGCCGGUGCAUGCUGAUGUUGUUUUUCAUUGGACUACUUCUGAUUGUGAUUCUUCAGGUCACAGGAGGUAUUUUAGGAGCAGUGUACAAAUCUCAGGCGGAGUUAGCCCUUAACCUUACUCUAACGGCAAAUAUGGAAGCACUGCAAAGCACUACAGGAGCAGAGAAAGAGUAUCAAGAGACAUUCCAGAAGUUUGAGAGAGAAAACCAAUGCUGUGGAUUGCUGAAUGGAGCUGCAGACUGGGGAAAAAAUUUUAACAAACCUGCCUCAAAAAUCUGUGAGUGUGAACUAGAGAACCCCUCUAGUUCAGACCUCUGCACCAAAUAUCAAGGCAGAUACAUCUAUAAAAAGCCUUGUGGAGAAGUGAUUAUGAAAAUACUAAAAGACAAUCUGGCCAUAAUUAUGGGGAUCUCCUUUGGACUGGCUGUUAUUGAGAUUCUUGGUUUGGUGUUUUCUAUGACCCUCUACUGCCAGAUCAGGAGAAAAUGAAACUGUCAAAGUGUCAGAAUGAUGUCACCAGUCAAAUCAAGACCUUUCUAGAUAGAAGGCUAGAGAUUUGGUUUGGCACAUUCAGACAAAUAUAUGCAUGUCCCAGGCAGCUGUUCUGAUGAAAACAGCAGCCCUUGUCCACAUGAUGUCUUUAUCAUUCAUAAGACUUAAUGAUGUGAAUAUGAUUUUUUUAUUUGCAAUAAACAUCUUUGUUUAUGUUUC